AGCGCAACCGAGCCACAGUCCUCCACAAAACCAAAUUCGAGUAGCAGCAACUAGAGAGCUGGUCGUCGGGGUCGUCGUCGUCGUCCGAUAUUUUCCUUCUUUUGGACCAUUUUGGUGGCUGAAUAUCUUCGCGGAGAAUCGUUCAAUGUCCCCCGUACGGGAACGCGCGAUCGUUUUGUUUGGUUUCUGUUCGUCGUUUCCGGAAGCGGGACGAUAAUGUGUUUGGAAGACUGGUAAAAGCGUAAAACUCUAGUGUGGAUUCCCUCUUUCGGUACUGCCCUAUGUGACUGGCAGCAGGAGUCGCGAUCGCAAAGAAAACUUGCCCUCUUCUGAAGUGGCGAGGGUGGUGCGUGUUUGGUGGGACAAUAAAGAAACUAACAACACCCACCAGAGGCCUUGCAAGGUGGAAGACAGUGUUUCGGCAGCAGCAGUAACCUUUGGAAUCGCCUUCAUCAUCGCUGAGGAUUAAAGUGUUUUGGUUCCUGAGGUAGUGCAAAGCAUAGGAAGAAUACCAGAAGUCAGUGUUUACUUUGAUGGCAUCGCCCGGAUAGAAUCCGCAGUACAUACCAGUUCAGUGAGUGUUGUCUCUAGAAAGUUUCUACAUCAAAGAGCCAUUUGUGUGUUGUUGGAUAUCGCAAGCCGACCGCGAAGAGAAAUAUAGCCCAGAAGUGUGUCCCAGAAAAAGAGAAUCAUAAAUCUACUUUGAACGUGUGAUUCGGGCCGCUGGUUGUCGUGUCUGUCCAGCCAGGGAAGAGGCACCCAAAGUUGUUAUAUGUUGGGAAAGCGGAGAAGAACAAGUGAAUUCCAGCCGCCCGCAGAGCCGAAGAAGCAUUAAAAAUUCUGUGUGCGUGCUAGUCCACCCCUAUACCCAUAUUACCUUGCGGAAGAGAAGAAAAAAAAUAAGCUGAAAGUGUGUUGGAAGAAGCUCUAGAAGAGGGAACGAAAAGCAUCUCGUAACAAAAGUGUAGUUAGUUGAUUAGCACAAGGCAAGGUAAGAGUUGUGAGUGAAUCAAAGGAAGAAACAGAAAAAAAACACGGCAACCCACAAUGGGCAACUGUUUCAGCAGUAGUGCCAAAACCGAUCCCAAGGAUCACCACCAGAUCGGGGCCGGGCCGGGUGGCAUCGACAGCGAUCCGGUCAUGCCGAACAAUCAGGUGGCCACUCCGCCCCAGGAGCAGGCCAUCCGGCAGCCGAUGCCGGCCAUUCCCGACCCGGGCAGCGAUUCCAUUUCGGCGGCCAAGAUUUUCGUGGCACUGUACGACUACGACGCCCGCACCGAUGAGGAUUUGAGUUUCCGCAAGGGAGAACAUCUGGAGAUUCUGAAUGAUACGCAGGGAGACUGGUGGUUGGCCCGCAGCAAAAAGACACGACAGGAAGGAUACAUUCCAUCGAACUACGUUGCCAAAUUGAAAUCGAUCGAAGCGGAACCAUGGUACUUCCGAAAGAUCAAGAGAAUAGAGGCGGAGAAAAAGCUGCUGCUGCCGGAAAACGAACACGGUGCUUUCUUGAUCCGUGACUCGGAAAGCCGCCACAAUGACUACUCGCUGUCAGUACGAGAUGGCGAUACGGUGAAACACUACCGGAUCCGACAGUUGGACGAGGGAGGCUUCUUCAUUGCCAGGCGAACCACAUUCCGGACACUGCAGGAACUGGUCGAACACUACAGCAAGGAUUCCGACGGUCUGUGUGUGAAUCUGUGCAAACCGUGCGUCCAGAUUGAGAAACCGGUCACCGAUGGACUGUCGCACCGCACCAGAGACCAGUGGGAGAUCGACCGGACGUCGCUCAAGUUUGUGCGCAAGCUCGGUUCCGGCCAAUUCGGCGACGUCUGGGAAGGCCUCUGGAACAACACGACGCCGGUGGCCAUCAAAACGCUCAAGUCCGGCACCAUGGACCCGAAAGAUUUCCUUGCCGAAGCGCAGAUCAUGAAGAAACUCCGACACAACAAACUGAUCCAGCUGUACGCCGUCUGCACCCUGGAGGAACCGAUCUACAUCAUCACCGAACUGAUGAAGCAUGGCUCUUUGUUGGAAUUCCUACAAGGCAAAGGAAGAAACCUCAAACUGCCGCAGCUGAUCGACAUGGCCGCCCAGAUUGCCGCCGGUAUGGCGUACCUCGAGCAGCAGAACUACAUCCAUCGAGAUUUGGCCGCCCGCAACGUGCUCGUCGGGGAUAACAACAUCGUCAAGAUUGCCGAUUUCGGCCUCGCAAGAUUAAUCAAAGAAGACGAAUACGAAGCCCGAGUGGGCGCUCGGUUCCCGAUCAAAUGGACAGCACCGGAAGCGGCCAACUACAGCAAAUUCUCGAUCAAAUCGGACGUCUGGAGUUUCGGCAUCCUGCUGACGGAGUUGGUCACUUACGGUAGAAUACCGUAUCCAGGUAUGACAAAUGCCGAAGUGCUGAACCAGGUCGAGCACGGCUACCGAAUGCCACAGCCACCCAACUGUAACGUGGCCCUGUACGAGAUUAUGCUCGAGUGCUGGAACAAGGACCCCAUGCGGCGGCCAACCUUCGAGACCCUACAGUGGAAGCUGGAGGACUUCUUCACCAUGGACCCCAGUGAAUACAAAGAGGCGGCACCGUACUGAUAAAUGGUGCACGAUAGCGCUAACUUUGCUGCAAUCGACGUCGCCGUCGCCGUCGACUCCGCCACCGUUGAUACUAUUGCUUCUAGUACCGCCAACAACGCUCCAGCUGUUUCUAUUACUACUGUUGCUUCGACAUCUACUGCUACUACUACUACUGCUGCCGCUGCUACUGCUAGUGCUAUUACUGCAACUGCUGUCUCCGUAUCCAAUGCCGGCGGCAAAGUGCGCCGUCGAAAGCCGCAGCAGCCGCAGAAACGUCAGGUAUUACUAUUUAUUUGAAUGUCUCUGAUUCGACGCUCUGAUACAGAUCUAGUACUUCAAUUCUUCCAUAUUGCUUUGCGCCCCAAUAAUAGUUGCACCCGUAAAAAUGCGGCGUUUUAGGUUGUGCCCCAUUUAGGUUAUACCGCGAGUUAGUUGAAUACAAACGUUAGACCAGGACCAUUCUAGUACUACAAUAAGCUAUCCAAUCUUAUUCUACUACAACCGGACUAGCUGCGAAGCUAUCGUUUUACAGUGACACGAAUACAUUCUCUGAAUUAAGAAGCCAAAUAUAUAUGUGUGUAUGAGUGAGUAUCCAAGUUCCGUUCCUUUCCGCUCGACCAGCAUCCCGAAUUGAUCGAACAAGAGCGCUGAGCUGAGAAGAUCGGCCUAAGUGUGAAAACAUCACUCGUAACUCUAUAACUCAAUAAUUAUUCAUUCCUGCUGUUUACCGAGAAGAAAUAGAAACAGAACAUUUUGCGAUACUAGUACACUAAAACGAAUCGGAAACAAUCAAUAAGUUUAAGAUUACUAAGGCACGCGUUACAAGGCUAGGAUUCGGUUGAUAGACAUUGUUUAAGAGACUUUGCAUACAGAAACAGGAACAACUUUACUUUAAAUUUAUAUACAUUAUUACAAGAAUCGAAAAAUGGUGACACAAGCACGGGAAAUCGACAAAUGUGUUCGUUUUUAUCAGUAGUAAGAGUCAGCUACCCUCCAUUAUUCUACUACCUAAAACCUCCCAACCCAAUUAUUCUAUUACUAGUUUUAUCAUUUUCAUUAGGUUCUAGUACUGCAAAUACUAAAGGGAAGUGUUUAUAUCCUCCUAUUAGUUGAUUAUAUGCAAGAAGCGGUAUUAUUACAUAAUAAUAAUGAUUUUACAACUAGGGCUGUUUGCUGUCCUGAGAGACUAGUUUCGUCGCCUUUCUGUUACUUUUGGACCCUUAGGAAAAUUUUCAUUUGAUCAUGGCUCGGAACGUUGGCAUAGACGACUUAUCUCGAGUUUGCGAUUGACCUUGAAUUUAACGUUUGUGGAUUUGAAAACCUUGUGUUUAGACGACCUAGCUAAUAGCUAAUGGCCGACCGAAUUUCGCUCACUUUCUGGUAAGGACCAGCCGAUCUGACAUCUGACCUUUCUGGUUUGACAGUUGAUCGAUAAGAUUGAUGAUCGGUUUCAUCGAUCAGCUGUCAAACAACUCCAGCCAAACGUCGUAUCGGCUGACCCCUUCCAGAAAUUGAGUACAAUUUUGAAAGUUUUUUUAAUGUCCGAAAAAUUAAACUUGCAAUGUUUGUGAAAAGAACAAGGUCGUCAUUUCUGCAAUUUAAAAAAUCUAGAAAAUUAAACUGAGAAAUUUUAAGUUUUGGCACAAAGAACUCUAGCGGCAUUCAGCACCGGAUACUCAAUUCUGUUGUACAUUUUGUAUACAAGACACACAAAAAAAUGCGCAUUUCUCUUCAGCAUUUUGACUUUUGGAUUUUCCCAAACCUCAAUUUUACGAAACGAUCCUUUCAAACUUUCCUAACCUCAAUUUGAUGAAACGGUUAAGACGGCUAAUAUCUCACUCAACUUGUAAAUACCUUGAACUUUAAGCCAACAGAGAAAAACAAUUUGAAACAAUGAAUAUAAAACUUUUAAUGUAUAAAAAAAAGAAAACGAGAUACAAAGAAGACAACUCAUUUGAAAAUGAAAAUUUGUGUCGUGAGAGAAGGAGAAAACAAACUUAUUAAACAAACAAAACAAUACAUCAUACAAAGAAAAGAAUAUUUUCAUAUAUUGAAAUAUUGUCGACAGACACCUGCGAAACGUCGAACCCACACAAUUGAAUGACCCUUCGGAUAUAUGAGUGACACAUGGUGACAGACACUGAAAAAAAUCGUCCCGCUAAUUUUGAUCUUCAUAAGCGUAUAAAUUUUACGUUGCCCCUUUUUUCGGCACCCGUCUCAGUUCACUAGGUAGGUAAAGCUUCUUUUUAGUAAAAAAAAAAACGAAAUUGAAGAAAAGCGGCAACGCAAAGAAGAAAGAGCUACGAUUAGUUUUUUUAUGUUUAAUAAUAUUAGGCAAUUAGACUGAAACAAAUAAGAUCGCGCACUCUAGCUAGCCAGUUAAGCUACCACCAAUUCAUUCGUGCAUGAUUUUCUUCUCCGCCUCCGCCGGCCGUGGUGUAUAAAUCACACAGUUGUUUCCAUAAAGUGCAACGUUUUUUUUUUUGUUUAAGGUUAUGUCAUGCCCGUCCCGCACGCUCGUAUGUAUGUUAUAUUGAUAAUUAUUAUUCCUGUCAUCACAUUUUGCAUCCCAUUUUUAUGUUUCCAACCUCGUUCUAAUUUAUUCAUCUCGUUAAACAAUGCACACAUACAAAAACACACACACAUACACAAGCGCGCGCGUUAAUUGAUUUCUAAUUCGUUGAAAAUUUGUUUCCCCUUUUGCACCGUCCGUUUCCGGACCGCUUCGAGGUGUAAGUGGAAUUUUUAAAACGUUGUUCUUAAUGUUUAAAAUGAAUUCUUGCAAUUUGGAUUAUAAUAUAUAAUCGGAGUAUUUUUCGCAGUAGGAUAACAUUUGACCAUAACCUCAAAAUCGAAGCGUUAUUGUACGCAGGAAUGCAAGAAUCCCAAAAAUAAAUUGCCCGUAAUCCUCAAAAGUACACAACGUUAUACACUGAAAUAAAAACAAA